GCCGCAUUUUAGCGCGAAGCUUCCCCCCGAGUUGAUCCACACCAUGCCGGCCACUUCGGACAUCCACACCGGGGAGAGGCCGGAGCAGCGACCCGCGGAGGAGCAGAGGAUCCCGGGUGGUUUCUGCGAUGAGCGCGGGUAUCUGGACCAGACCCGGUUCAUCCUGCAGAACGGCCGCAGGAGGGGGGACCGGACCGGGACCGGGGUGGUGUCCGUGUUCGGUGCCCAGGGCAGAUACAGUCUGAGAGAUCAGUUUCCUCUGCUGACAACCAAGAAGGUUUUCUGGAAAGGGAUCCUUGAAGAGCUUCUAUGGUUUAUUAAGGGGUCAACAAACGCCAAGGAGCUCUCGGAGAAAGGGGUGAAGAUCUGGGAUGCCAACGGGUCUCGACAGUUCCUGGAUAACCUCGGGUUCACGGACAGAGAAGAGGGCGACCUGGGACCCGUGUAUGGUUUCCAGUGGAGGCACUAUGGUGCAGAAUACUCGACCAUGCACGCAGAUUACACAGGACAAGGUGUCGACCAGCUGCAGAACGUCAUCGACACCAUCCAGAAGAAUCCAGAAGACAGACGCAUCAUCAUGUGUGCAUGGAACCCCAAAGACCUGCCCCUCAUGGCUCUACCCCCUUGCCACGCCCUCUGCCAGUUCUACGUGUGCGAUGGCGAGCUGUCGUGUCAGCUGUACCAGCGCUCGGGUGAUAUGGGUCUGGGCGUGCCUUUCAAUAUCGCCAGCUACGCACUUCUCACCUACAUGAUCGCCCACAUCACGGGACUGAAGCCUGGUGACUUUGUUCACACGCUGGGAGACGCUCACGUCUACGUCAACCACAUCGAACCUCUCAAAAUACAGCUCCAGAGGGAGAUUCGCCCGUUCCCCAAACUCAAGAUCCUGAGAAAAGUGGAGAGAAUCGAUGAUUUCCGGGCGGAGGACUUUGAGAUCUGUGACUACAACCCUCAUCCCCCCAUCAAGAUGCAGAUGGCCGUGUAAUAAUCCAAAUGGAAAGACAAUAGGGGAUGAAUGGGAAAACAAAUAUCACACUCUUCUGUAUUCAUGAGUUAUUUUUAUUACCAAGAUCAUUUUAUGAGUUUAUCAACAUCACUAAAGAGCUAAAAGAGAUAUUUUUGUAUGUUUGUGUGAACUACAUCUUUAAACCUUAUUAAGUUCUUACAGUAGUUGUGUGAAAAACUAAUCUACACUUGGGUUUUUUCUGACGCUGAACUUCUAGUUUCCUGAAUUCUUCUAAGCUGUUUCAAUUUUCUUAUUUUA